UGGGAGUGGCGGUUGAUUCAAUAUGGCGGCAGCAAAGAGAGGAAAGAACAACUCAGGAUUUUUGGGGAUUAAUGAAAGUAUCCUUUUACUUGGUCUCCAUAAAAGACAGCCCCCCCCGCAUAAGAAAACGAUGAUGGUAUGAUAUGUUUUUACUAACAAGUCGGGUGUUGUGUGUCGGUGGACUUGGUAGGUAACUUAGAUAGCUAGCUAACGUUAGUUAGCUGUUAUGCAUAAACACUACGCUAACGUUAGCUAGUCUAGUUAACUAACUAGAUGUAAUUAGCUAACUAACUAGUUGUGGAGCCUUGUUAGCUAACGUUAACUAGCUAUCAAAGGGUUUCUCACCUGGCUGGAAAACUAUGAUAGCUAGCUAAGUUAGUUUGUUAGCUAAGGCCGUGGAUGUGAAAUACCUUGUUAGCAAGCUUACUUACAUUAUUGUAACUAGUUAACGUUAGCCGCGUUCUCAUGGGAAGUUAGCUAGUUAACGUAACUUGUUAAAAGCAAGCCUUGCUAGGUAGCUGGCUAUAAAGUUGAUGAACCCAGUUCAGUGGCUUGUUUUAGCCAAUUUCAACAUGCAUAUUUUUAUUGAAGUGAGGGUCUUGCUAGAGACCACCAAAUAUGUUUUCUUAAUUCAAUUCACACAGCACCAGAUGAAGAUCAACCUAUGGUGUUCAUUCCGGGUGAGGACAUCAUUAGACUUCUCAAAGCCAUUUGUGACAUUGUUCUGACCACUUUUCAUAUUGCUGGCUGCUACCACUACUUUAUUUAUCACCAUGUCUCUCACUUUCUCAGGAGUAAGCAGAGAGGGACACUUGCGGACAGCUUUUAAGUCAGUAUCAGGCACCAGCAGCAGUGAGAGAAAGGUGAAGAUAGGGACCAAGUAUGGCAGUGAGAUCCGAGGAGAGGCUCCUCUGAGCCGGGGCAAUAAGAAGCAAGGCCAGCCUCUUUCCCUGUCCUCUGUCUCGGAGUCCUCAAUGGGUAGAGGGCAGCUCCAGUCCACCCCUGCAUCUACAGUCCCACCCCCCAGCCCAGCCACUCAGCAGCGUCUCCUCACCACCCCACAGGUAGGUCUGCCAAGAAGGACCACUCCAUCAACACCAACUAGUUACUAGCUAAUAACCUCUCCAGUCGGACAGGUGCAGAUGCAAAUGAAAACACAAACAGCCUGGGUACUACACAGCUGUUUCUUCAUUCAACAUGGAUGUGACUUUCCCUGAUUAAUCAGGAAUUUCUGAUUGAUUCUAGUCUGCAUUUAUACAUAAUUGAAAUGUACUUAGGCCUACACCCAAGCCCACCCUCUUUUCUCACAAGGUAAUACAUGUAGUGUAUGUCUUUUGCUCAGGCACUCUCUGAGGUGACCCAGGCUAAGAGCAGGGCCUCUCUGAAGGACCUCUGUCCCGAGGAUAAGCGGCGCAUAGCCAACCUCAUCCAGGAGCUGGCCAGGUAACUGCUCAUCCAACAUAAGAGUGUGUGUGUGUUUGGCAGGGAUUUGGGAUUCUUUGGUGUGUGGGGAUUUUCUCAAUAAUAAAGUUAAUUUACACAGUCUGAUAUAAUUCCUGACCCCACCUCUUCUUACCCAGAGUGAGUGAGGAGAAGGAGGAGUCGGUACAGAGGCUGAGGGACGAACAGGAGACCUUUGAGCGCACAAUUCUACAGCUGGAGCAGCAGAACCAGCUCAUUGUACAGGAGAGAGAGAGUAUCCUUUUCUCCAUGGAUGCACACGCAUGGAUAAACACACACACAUACUGAGGGCGUAUCCCACUGACAUUGUCUGUCUGAAGUAUCCUCAAACCCAGGCCUUGAGGGCUGCCGUGCCUGCUGGUGUUUUCUUGCUUUCCCACCUGUGUCAGUCAAUGAUUCAGAAGACAGCCAUGAGUACUUGCAGACACUGCAGCCCCACUCUGCCACUGAAGAAUUUAAGGCUCUUCCUAUAUUCAGGCAGCAGGGGGUAGCAUUGCCUAGGGCUUGAUAUCACCACUGCCGACCUCAAUGGUCUGACAGAUACUCCAUGAGCGUUAUAACAUGCACACGUACCUUCAUUCCCCCUUGCUUUUUCACGAUUUGCUUCUCGGCCACAUCUUGACAUUUAAUAUGACAUUUGCACUCUGUUUGAGAUCACUGUGGAUUACAUUCAGUGUUUGAAACCGUUGCCGUCUAUGACGUUUUACCUUUUGGGACUGUGGCAUUUGCUCUGGUCUCAUGUUUGGGUAAUCUUGUUCUUUUUCAUGCACUGAAUUCUGUCAUAUCUUACCUUUUUCUGGCAUGUGAAAGGCUUUCAGAUGCAGUGCCACCAGUUAAUUCUAAACAAGCUAACACUGUCAGGCUCAGUCUCUUGGCAUGACCUGGAAACUGUCCUGUAAUUACAGCAGCAUCCCAGAAUGACACUGUUUCCUCCACUUUUGCAUCCCACCCCUCCUGACGUCCUCUUUAACGAUUCCGCUCAGGUCAAACCGACGUGGGGAGAGAUGUCAAUUUAGGUGGGGAAACACAGCAAAAUAUGAAGAGUAAUCGUCGGCUGGUAAAUUGCACAAUUGGCAGCGGAGCUGGGAAAUUAGGAAAGCACAACUCAAUUAAAGGCACUUUGGCUGGGAGAACUGGCAUUUAUACUAAACUUCCAAACUCCAUUAAAAUAGAAUUUGAGCUGAAAAACUCUUUGAUUAAAGCACCUCGAGGGGAUAACCAGUCUUUAAAGCGCACACACACAGAGUCGUAAAGAGACUUCUGAGACGUAGGGUUCCAGACGCGUCUUUUAAGGUUAAGGAGACACCAAAGGCAAACGGGCUAAAGGGAGACUUGUAAAGUCUAAUUCCAUUACACCCUCUGCCUCACCUUCAGUCUUAUCUACCAAGAGCCAGGUUAUCAAGGGGAGAAUUUAUAUCUCCGUCUAAAGGCCCGAGAUGAGAGAGAAGCGUUCUUGUUGAAAUGUUGUCUGUCAGGACCACUUUGGCGCUCAAGUGCUGAAUGAAAUGUACGAUUUUAGUAAGUCUUUGGUUAUUUCUCCUUGGCAUGUUGUUUUGGGGAGGUUAAAGGCUAGAUGUCAUUGCUGAGUCGGUGCUUCACAAAUCACAUACAUUUUUGUAUUAACCUUACAAGUCAGUCAGUCUGACUGUUAUACCACUGCUGUGGUUGAAAUAAGAAGUGGCUCUACCUUCCCCCCUUAGGCAAUGGAUAAAAGGCUAAACUUUGAGUUGACUUUGUUCUCAUUGUAUUUAUGUUAGACCUUUAAUACCAUCAAGAGACAAAGUAAACUUUGAGCUAUAGCGUUGUUUGUUUGCAAGUCUGAUGCAGCUAUUUAUUUGGUUGGUUGAUUGUAAACUGAUUUGUCCUCUCCAGCAACCUAAAGUUAUGCUAACUGUCCUCUUCCAUCAAUUCUUCAUCACCAGGCCCUAAACGCAUACACACACACACUGAAAGAGAGAGACUGCACACACACACACACAUUCACACACCCAGUCGAUUUGGCACAGAGCUCAUAAGGCAGGUUGUAAAAUAUUCCUCUCCUGCGCAAAUUUGUUCCACCUUGAAGUGGAAUUCAUUAUUUCAUUUGGGCAUGGCCUGACAGGGCGAGUGAAUCAUUUUGACAGGCACUGUCUGAAGCCUCGAAUGCAAACUCUUGAUUUUGUAUAUUUUUGGAUUAAGGGGCGUAGAAAGCCAUUGCUAUUGCUUUGAUUGAAGAGGGCGUGCGUUCUGAUUGGCUCAUGGCCAAGACUCAGAGAAGCGGUUUUACUGUUUUCGGUGUGGGAAGAGAUCCUUAUCAAUUGUGCUUCAGUUGCCCCUAGGUUACCAGGCGUUGAGCGUCGAGGCUGCUUCGACCCAUCAAUGUUUUUAACGUAGGUGUGUUAACGCGCCCGCACUCUCUCUAUCAGAACAUUCACAUCCUAUAGCCAGGUUAGGUGGUUGUGAUGACUGUUGGUUGGAGCAUGAUUUGUGUGGGUUACUCUGACUGGUCGCGUGUACUUUGAAUAAAAGUGAUGAUAACCCAGAGGAUAUUAUAGUACCUUACAUUAAAGGGAUAGUUCAUCCAAAUUACGCUUUGGUUUCCUUACCCAGUUUCCUUAGCAGUCUAUGGACAAGGUAUGACAGCAAUCCAUGCUUUGGUUUAGUUUCCAAAUGUUAACGUCUUAGCAUUUAUGUCACAAAUCCCGUUCAAGUCAAUGGACCGAUAUUGGCAUUUUUCGCGCUUCAUGUUCAAAUCGUCUAUACGUGACUUGAGCUUCACGGUAAAACUUUAGAAUGAUUUGGACAUGAUAGUUUAAAAAAUGCUAAUAUCGGUCCCAUGACUUGAAUGGGAUUUGUGCCACAAAUGCUAAAACAUUUGGAAACAGUGCCAGGGAAACUAAACCAAAACAUCGAUUGCUGUCACACCUUUUCCAUAGACUGCUUACAGGGUAAGGAAACCAAUAUGGCAUUUUUUUAUUUGGGUGAACUUGCCCCAUAAUCCAUUGACAUGGAAAUUGACCCUGAAGUGUUUGGUCAGUUCUGUCUAAUUUUUGAAAGGCAUUUUGUCAUAACCUGACUUCAGUCAUCAUGACUCUCCGUGAUUGUGCUAUGACGUAAUGACAGCCUUAUGCAGACAGAAGGUUCAGGUAAAGUGUUACCAGUUGAGUGUUUAUGAAAGAAGCCUUUCUCUUCCCAUGUGCCGUUUCAUUUCCCAGGCUUGAUUGAACUCAUCCGACACCAAAGUGUUUUCUCCUAGCGUAUCCUUCCACUGACUGUUACUUCAUUAUGGCUUCACUUUGAAAAUGUUCAUUUGCUCCCAAAUCGGGGACUUUUAAAGGUGAUGUGUUGAGAAGCUCAUCAGCCUGGGGCUAUUGCCCAUCCAUAAAAUGAUAUGGCCUGCAGCAGGGAGGUUUAUGGGUAUUGGUUGGUAGGAGUGUGUUCAGGACUUUGUGUACCCAUCUUGAGGGGUGUUUGUGUGUUGGUGACUAGAGGUGGUAAUGUGUUAUUGUUGGUUAAAUGCAAAUUCGCUGUGGGUCUACCUAUAUGUGAUCCAAUGUUUUGAUACUAAUGUAGGGGUUGCAAUGGAAGUAUUUAUCUACCUCACUCACUCAGCCCGGUUGUGUGUGUUAGUGUUUGUGUACGAGCGGUGCCGCCACUCAUUAGCAGGCCCCUCAUGCUCAGCAGUGGUUCUGCUCCAGAUGAGCGCACUCUUGUCUGGCAUUCAGCCUGGCACCCAGAUCUGGCAUCACGGCCCAGCUCUGCUCAGGCUGGCCCGACCCAGAUGGAGAAGUCUGGAAAGUGCUACCCGCUCCACAACAUUUUUAUCAUGCUCUUUCUUUUCAGUUUUUCUUUCUCAACAUUUGAGUUGAAACUCAGUUCUCUUUUACUUUGCUGGCCUAAUGAAGGGGUGGUGGGUGGGAUGUUCUUUUGGGGUUAUAUGUUAUGUGACAUGUCUGCAAAAUGUAAAUAAAAAUGUAUCAAAAAUAAGGAAGGAAAUGGAGACGAAUAUGACCCUUAACCCCAGCCCCCUGUGGCCUAGGCCUACAGCAGCAGUAUCGGGAGUGCCAGGAACUGCUGGGUCUCUACCAGCAGUACCUCUCUCAGCAGCAGGAGAAACUCAACCAGUCCAUUGCCCAGCUCAGCCACGCCCGUAACUCCCACAGCAAGGUACUCACUCUGUAUGUGUGUCAAUGCCUGCAACAUGCGAAAUACGAGAUUGUGAUACAGAUGCGUGUCUGAGAGAUGGCGAUAGUGUGAAUGUGUGUGAAAGAGCUUAUUUGUGUGCAUGUGUGUAUGCCCGUCAUCUUCCCCAGUGAGCCAUCUCCAAACAACAGCGCUGUACACCAUCAAUCACAACACCCCCAACUGGGAGAGAUGCACAUACACUCACACAAUUUCUUUUAGAAGGACCCAUCCUAAGACCUAGACAGCACAUCAAGUGUCACAACAGCUAAGGAAAAGUCCACUAUGACCGCAUACAGUAGCACAAACCAGUUGUAUUUCUCAAGGUAAUCAUUUAGACAACUUCGUCAUCCUCCGUGGCCUACAGUGGGCUGAGUAAUGCGUGUUUGCGUGCUCUGUGACUGCACGCUGAAUUAGUCAGUCUCUCUCUUGUCUUGCUGAAGGUGGGCACUUCUUUUCUCUUCUUUACUGUAAGGGUUUAUCUUUUUCGCUUAAGCGACCUUGGUUUCCCUGUGCUCAGCACUUUUUAUUCAGAAUCUCUUGCCCAAACCCAAUUGGAGUGAAAGAGUUACCAUACGUCUUAGUUCUGCGUUGUAUCGGUGUCGAGUCUAUCUUGGCUUAACCAUUGUGCUCUCACAGAAAAGUUAAAAUGGGUAAGGGAAGGAGUGAUGAUAUCAGAGAGGGGUUACUAAUCCCAAAUCGACCCCUUACGCUUACCUCUUAAACACUUGUGGAGAUUGGAGACGAAUACAUGACAAGUUUCAGAUUUUAUUGAUUCCUACAUAGCAGUUAAUACAGGCUGAAAUCCAGGUGCAUAAGAUUAAAUAGUAACAUUGAAUAAUAUAUUUACAAUGGAUACAAAUAGAAAGGUGUAUUUGACUGGGUGGCUCUCUUGUCUCCACAGGCCCCCAGCAGUGAGGGAGCCUCCACCAAGCCUAGCAGGGGAGAGAGGGCCACAGCCUGGGAUGGCUCCUACCUGGGCCUGCCCACUCUUGGAGGAACAGGGACAAACGGAGGAGGAAGAGAGCGAAGUGGCGGAGGAAGAGGAGCUGGAGGAAGAGUCCCGUCCCUGAGUCCUGCCUCUCUCUCGGACGACCUUCACUCAGCCACUCCCCAUCCCUACUCCUCCUCCAGCGACCAAUCCCAGGGACCAAUCAAACGCCGGGGCUGCCGAAGAGGAGGGGCUCAUAGCGAGCUUCGCCUAGCGUCCCACCGCAGCAGACAGGAACAUCUGGUCAACGGGGGGUUCCCCCAUCGGGGGGCCACAGAAGCCCCUCGACUGAGCAUCACCAGCCCGCUGCUCCACAACGGCCCUGGUGAACCACCCGAAGACAGUAGAGGUCUACAUGGACCUGGAGGGUUACUACCCGGAGGAGACCGAGUGGGGGAGGGAGUAGGGGCAGAGGGGACCCUCUCAGCGCCCCUCCUGGGCCCAGAGGACUGGGAGGAGAGGAGGCACCAGCUGCUCCUGCAGAAGCUGCAGCUG